ACAGUUCUGCGUAGUUAAUUUGUGUUUUAAAUAUAAAAAACCAUGGCACAAUCCAGAAUAGACUUCAGUGCUUCAUUUACACAGAAUUCUAAUGAAGUUCAGGAAAUGUUUUGUGAACAUUGUGAUAAACAUGACAAGCAAUAUGUUCCUGCUGAGGGAUUUUGUGAGGAAUGUUUCGAGUACUUGUGUGGAACAUGUGUGAAGUUCCAUAAAAGAUUAUUGGCAUCUCACACCAUCAAAAAUAAGGAUAAUAUGCCUAAGGAUUUCUGUCUAGAGAAAUGUUCUGUUCAUCAAAAUGAAUUUUUCAAGUUCUAUUGUCAAGCUUGUAAGAAAUUUGCCUGUACUGAAUGCAAGACUCAGGACCAUGCAAAUUGUUCAAUGGUCGGCCAUUUGCCAACCCUUGUUCCUGGGAUUGAAAACAGCCGAGAAAUCAAAGAACUCACUGAAAAUCUUGAUGAGUUAAUGAAAGAUUUGGAAAAUACAGUAGAGCAAGUGAACAUAAACAUGAAGGAGGUUGCUUCACAAGAAACACAAAUAUUAGAUAAAGUUAUGAAAAAGAAAAAAGAAAUACUGUCAGCUUUUGAAAACCAUCAGAAAGAAAUGAUUCAAGGCUUUGAGAAGAAAAUUGAAGAAACUUUAAAAAGACUAAAACAAGAGAAAAUAGAGAAAACUGAAAAAUUACGAGAACAUCAAAAGAAAUUAGAAACGUUAGUCAAUGAUGAGGAAAAUGAAAUAAAGAGGAAAAUUGAAAUCAUAAAAAAGAAUGACCAGAAAGUUUUAAAGACAAUUGCAGAGAAAGCUUCAAAAGUGAGAACAAACCUUAACACUAUAUCAACAGAGCUGGCUCAUCAUCAAAAGACAGAUCAAAGAUGUCAUCUGUUUGUUGCUAUGAAAAGAGGACAAGAAAUCAUUGAACAAUUGAAACCAGAUGCAGAUAAACAAUCUUACAACAAUUCAAUUCAUUAUUACAAAGUUGAAUGCGCAGCUUCUGAACAAAAUAUACAAAAUAUACAAGACGGUGAUAAAUUUUUCAUUUUUCAAGAAAUACGUAAGUCUGAAGUACAAAGAACUGCUAGUUAUUACACAGAUAUUAAAGUCACAUUUGACUCCUGGUCAUCUUUAUGCUUAUUAUCAGAAAAGUGUCUUCUGAUUAGUAACUGUGAAUCUCGAAAGCUAGUUAUAUUCAAGGAUAUGUCAGUAAGCACAUCAUCAUAUGAUACAAUAGAUCUGCCUUCCAUCCCUUGGGCUGUUGCUAAAGUUGACAACAACAAAGUGGCUAUCACUUUUCCUGACUUUGGAAUAAUAAGACUAAUAACUUUCUCUAAGUAUAUGACAGUGACCAAAACUGAAGAUAUCAAAGUAGGACAGCUGUGCUGUGGUGUUGCCUAUAGUAACAACAAGCUUAUAGUAUCUUUCACAGACAAUCCAACAACAGUUAAGAUACUUAACAUGUCUGGUAAAGUAUUGAAAACAUUUGAUAAAGAUCAGCAUGGGAAAUACCUGUUUGUUGAUCCUCAUAACUUAACAAUCAGUGCAGACAACACAAUUAUAUAUGUAUCUGAUGCUAAUAAUAAUUGUGUAUCAGCUAUUACAUUUGAUGGGAAAGUCAAAGCCAUUUACAAGGAUGACAAGCUGGAUCGUCCAUAUCAACUGACUGUAGAUAGGUCUGGGGCAGUGUUUGUAUGCGGACGUUUGUCAGAAAAUAUACAUCAAUUAUCACCUGACCUGACAAAGGUUAAGAUUCUACUGGAUAAAGAACAAGGAAUAGUUUCUCCAACAGGUGUGGCAUACUGCCAGAAUAAAAAAAGAUUGUAUGUGUUUCAAUCUAAUGGGUACAUUAAAGUGUAUGAAUUAACAUUGGAAAACGUGUAA